GUCGGGUAGUUGGGGACAACCGGUGGUCGUUAAACCUCCAGUGUGUGCGUGUGUGCGCGCGCACGUGUGUGUGUGUGUAUGGGGGUGGUGAUGGUGUUUGUGGUGAAAACCGGUUUUUGAUGCGCGACAAAGUGACGUGCCGCCCUCCCACCUUCCCGCCCUUUGCCACGAGCCUCUUGUCAACUCAACGGACAAGGCAGUCAAGUACUUCCUUUUUCGCCCCAUACUUAUAAAAUCCUUUACCUCUAUAUAUUUCUGUUUUUAUUAUUAUUGUUGUUGAGUGCCUGUCUCUUGAACCACUCAUUCUGACUCUCCAAGUCUCGCGGGAUAUAAAGGAAAUAAAAGGGGUGAAUACAAAAGAGAGGAGGAAGAAAAAGAUUAAGACAAACAGGAGCCGCCUAUAUGAAGAUGCUGAUGUGUGACCGCGGCGUCCAGAUGCUCGUGACGACGGUGGGCGCGUUCGCCGCCUUCAGCCUCAUGACCAUCGCCGUCGGUACCGACUACUGGCUGUACUCGCGCGGGGUCUGCCGCGUGAAGAGCAGCGGCGACAACGACACGAGCCGCAAGAACGAGGAGGUGAUGACGCACUCCGGCCUCUGGCGAACCUGCUGUCUGGAAGGAACAUUCAGAGGUGUGUGUAAGAAGAUUGAUCACUUUCCAGAGGACGCUGACUAUGAAGCAGAUGCUGCUGAAUACCUCCUCCGUGCUGUGCGUGCCUCCAGUAUCUUCCCCAUCAUGAGUGUGGGUCUGCUGUUCCUGGGGGGGCUCUGUGUGGCCGCCAGUGAGUUUUACCGGAGCCGACACAACGUCAUCCUCAGUGCAGGAAUCUUCUUCGUCUCCGCAGGCCUCAGUAACAUCAUUGGAAUUAUUGUCUAUAUCUCAGCCAACUCAGGCGACCCAGGCCAGAGCGACAGCAAGAAGUCCUACUCCUAUGGCUGGUCCUUCUACUUUGGCGCCCUCUCCUUCAUCAUGGCAGAAAUGGUGGGCGUGCUGGCCGUGCACAUGUUCAUCGAGAAGCACCGCAAACUACGGGCCAAGUCCCGCACCGAGCUCAUCAAAAAGUCCGCCUUCAGCCGCAUCCCCUCCUAUCGCUACCGCUUCCGGCGCCGCUCCAGCGUGCGUUCAUCUGAGGUCCCCAGUCGUGACACCUCACCACUGGGGAAGGGCGGCUACACAGGGCCCGCCGCCUCCGAGAUGCCCAUGUACACGCUGAAUCCACGCGAGGCGGGCAACGCCAGCACCAAAGCAGGUGGCGGCGGCAUGGGAGGGCUGCUCAACUCAGAGAGGGAGUUCCUCCAGAGCAGCACGCUCACUAAAGACUACAGCAAGGACCCAAACCGCAGGACCACGCCUGUCUGAGAGGUGCUGGCUGCAGAUAUCGCCCAAUCAGAGUAUCAAAGAGGAGGAUGAUGAGAAAUACAAAGGGAGCGUGAGCAAAAGUAGGGGAUACACAGGGUUAAGGGGUGGGGAGCGCAAAGGGGUUUGAUAAACUUCGACUGUGAACUGUGAACUUUUAGCCUUUGAACUGUGAAUCCUGAGCCCUGUGAGAGUUUCAGUGUGUGUAGCAGGGUCGGUUUUGAUGGAGAAGUUGUUCCCAACUCCACGUAACCACAUAUCACUGUAGUUAUACCUGUAACUCCUUACAUAUGAAGGCACAUUCAAUAGUUCAAUUUAUGUUCAUGAAUUUUAUGUUCAUAAAUUGACUUUCCGGCUUUUUCAAGGGGAAAACAGGAUCGAUCCCAGUUUAGAAGCAUAUUGUGAGUGGUUUGCUGUUUGGGGCAGCUUCUCCUAAAAAAUAAAUACAAUAUGAACUGAAGGAGAAGAGGAAAGAGGUGAGAGACUCUGUGUGAUCUUUGACCUUUUGACCUCUGUCCUCCUGACCUUUUGGGUAGCAGCAGAGUUGGAUUAGUGCAGGAAACAGCCUUAGAGCUCUGAGCUGUCUCUCUCUGUGAUUACGAUACUAUUUAAAAGUGAGGAAGUUAACACCUCAGGAUAGGGAUUGAUUCAUUUUCAGUUCAGCUGAAUUCAAAAUAUAAAUUGAAGAUGUAGUUUGUCCAUUAAUGACAGCACACUUGUGGCACUAGUUAUUAUUUUCUAUACAUAUUGUAUAUAUAUACUCCUUUCAUAUUAAUUGGUUUUAUUUAAUCAUGGACAAGCUCCCUUCAUAAGUGACUGAAGUGAAACUGAAUUGAGCUCAUUCCUGCUAACAUAUAACCCCAUCUCUCUGAUCACAGGUCAGUUAUUAAAUGGGACUUGAGGGGAAAUGUGUACACUGACUGCAGAUCAGGAGGUGAAAGGUGUGACUCAACAAAGACAAAACUAAUGAAUCUCUUUUAGAUGGUAACGUUAGAUCAUUGGUGCUUCCUUUUAAUUCCUGUUUUCAGCCACACAAGUCUUUAUUUAUUUUUUCACCUAAAACUUAAAGAAAUUAUCAAAUAUUUGACUGUCUGUCUGUCUGUCUGUCUGUCCGCAUUCACCAGUCAUCUUUCACCUUCCACAUUUUUCUGUGUUGCCUCAUAACUCACCUCACUACCACCCUCUGCACACCUCCACACCUCCUCUCACCCUCUCUUUCCUCUCCUCUAAGGGACACACGACUAGAUUUAGGUCCUGUCUUCCAUUGGUGUUGCUCGUAGACUAUAGCUAAGUUUUCUGGAGGUUGUUGGUUCAGGGUAUUGUGGAGAGGAGACCACUGAGCUGUGAACAUGCUUUAAGGCAGAGCCAAAAAGACAUUAAACAAACAGAGGUGGAAAUGUUGUUUGCCCACUACCUCCUGGUGAAUAUCUUUCAGAUGAAUUUAAUAUAAAAAUGUCUUUACUUGCCCGAACAACUGUCAAAA